AUGUCCAACCCUUUAAUUUAUACUCUCUUCGCUGGUUUGUUCUUCACACAAGCUGUGUUUGGGCAAACUGUCAGUGGUCCAUCUUACAACAAGCCUUCCGCAGGACCACCAGCAAGUUUCUUUUCCGCUGCAUCAACAAUUAAUGUUCAAGCGAUAAAGACUGCUGUGGCGCAAGCAACUGGUGUACCCAAAUCUGCCGUCUACGAUGUGAAUGGUGCAGCUACAAAAGUCACCAUUCACAAUGAUUACAUGAGUCUUCCUACGGGUGCCGCCAUUGUUUUUGUGUCUAACAUGAAUGUGGAUUGCGACGGAAUAGACCACAAGUGCAAGGGAAAUCCCGACGGCGAAGAUGCAACCGACAACGGAGAGCUGGCUGCUUACGAAGUCCCUUGGGUUGUGAUACCUGAACAUUUCCAAAAGGCUUACUCCGACGUACUUCCUGGAAAUAACCUGGCUGCAGUGAUUUGCAACAACAAGAUGUUUUACGGCAUCUACGGCGACUCUGACGGCGACUCACCAGAAGACAUUGGGGAGGCAUCUUGGCUUAUGGCACGCACCUGCUUUCCAGAUGAGGACCUCAACGGAAACAACGGACAUGACGCACUGGAUGUUAGCUACAUUGUCUUCGUUGGCCAAGAGUCCAUUCUUUCCGAUAGCGCCAUGAAUUCAAAAUAUAUCACGGAUUUUACGCAGUUGAGAUCUGUUGGAGACAAGUUGAUGACGGCCCUCGAAAAAAACUUGAAGAAUACGUCUAGGUCGCAUAACGAACACUUCUGA